CACGGGAUUGGCUUGCAGAAAAACAAGGGCGGAACCAGGGGAGGAAGCUUUUGUAGUCGUCUCUCAGAAACGUAGGAGGCGACCCUUGCGGGAGCUGCGGCUCUGUUGCUCUACCUCGGCACCUCUCUCCAUGGCAGUUCCCGAGACCCGCCCCAACCACACUAUUUAUAUCAACAACCUCAACGAGAAGAUCAAGAAGGAUGAGCUGAAGAAGUCCCUGUACGCCAUUUUCUCCCAGUUUGGCCAGAUCUUGGAUAUCCUGGUUUCCCGGAGCCUGAAGAUGAGGGGCCAGGCCUUUGUCAUCUUCAAGGAGGUCAGCAGCGCCACCAACGCCCUGCGCUCCAUGCAGGGCUUCCCCUUCUACGACAAGCCCAUGCGCAUUCAGUAUGCCAAGACCGACUCGGAUAUCAUUGCCAAGAUGAAGGGCACCUUCGUGGAGCGGGACCGCAAGCGGGAGAAGCGGAAGCCCAAGAGCCAGGAGACCCCUGCUGCCAAGAAGGCCGUGCAGGGCGGGGCAGCCGCCCCCGUGGUGGGCGCUGUCCAGGGGCCUGUCCCGGGCAUGCCCCCGAUGACACAGGCACCCCGCAUCAUGCACCAUAUGCCGGGCCAGCCUCCCUACAUGCCGCCGCCAGGCAUGAUCCCGCCUCCAGGCCUGGCGCCUGGCCAGAUGCCACCAGGGGCCAUGCCCCCCCAGCAGCUUAUGCCUGGACAGAUGCCACCUGCCCAGCCUCUUUCAGAAAACCCGCCAAAUCACAUCUUGUUCCUCACCAACCUGCCCGAGGAGACCAACGAGCUCAUGCUGUCCAUGCUUUUCAACCAGUUCCCUGGCUUCAAGGAGGUCCGACUGGUCCCUGGGCGGCAUGACAUUGCGUUCGUGGAGUUUGACAACGAGGUACAGGCAGGGGCCGCCCGCGAUGCCCUGCAGGGCUUCAAGAUCACCCAGAACAAUGCCAUGAAGAUCUCUUUUGCCAAGAAGUAGCACCUUUUCCCCCUGCCUGCCCCUGCCCCCUGUUCUGGGGCCACCCCUUCCCCCCUUGGCUCAGCCCCCUGAAGGUAAGUCCCCCUCGGGGGCCUUCUCAGAGCCGUGUGUGAGUGAGUGGUCGCCACACAGCAUUGUACCCAGAGUCUGUCCCCAGACAUUGCACCUGGUGCUGUUAGGUUGGAAUUAAAGUGUCUUUUUUUGAGGUUUGGUUUUUCACAA